AUGACCGCAAGCGAUAAACCACCCAUUUUCACCCUUGCGUCUUCUGCACGCCCACAGACGUAUCCAGUACUGCGCGGAACCGCUAUGUUUGACUCGCCCUAUCCUCCUAUGCCGCAGCGUGGAGACACGGGCGCUCCCAUGCCGCCGCCCGUCCAUACUGACCAGCAGUAUUCCCAAUUACGAACUCACGAUAGGAGGGCCAUGCCUCGCAGAGCUACUACUGGAGUAGUUCCUCCCCAGGUUCUUUCUUCACGAAGAAAUGCGAGUGGGCCCGUUGAUAGUGGCCGGUUUGAGGGAAAUAGGAGCUUGAUGUUUUAUGGCCAGCCGAUUGAUACAGCUUCUGCUCAGGCGGGCACUAAUUCCGAAUUUGGAGACUCGUCUGAUGAUGAUCCUAUCUCCGCUACAAUUCUUGAUAAUGCCAGCGUCCCUAUGUUUAUGCCACCUAGACUAUCAUCGCUAGCACGCACAGAGUCUUCCAUCAACCAAUCCUUACCCGAAUAUCCGUCUAUAUCCUCUGUCUUCAUCCUCUCGAUAUCCGUUAGCAGGGCCUCCAUCCCCUCUUUAUCAUUUUACGGGACCCUCAUCUCACGAUCAUUCAUCGCCGAGACCAUCAUCCCCUCCAAGCUUAUUGGGACUCCCAUCUCCUCAACAAUCAUUCACAGAGCUGAGGCAUCAAUAUCCUCUGGUAGCCCACAGUCACAGAAAGGGUUACAGGAAUCCCCCUCCCGAGUCCCUCGCGAGUUUCCACAGGCCGCAACCGCCUUUGCCGCCGCCAUCCAAGAAGCAGAGCAUCGUCUCCAUAACAGCAGCUGGGAGGAUUCGAAGGAGGACACCGACCCUGAAGGGGUGGCGCACUUCAAGAAUUUGGACGGCAUGUUCGACGAAAUCAAAAAGCUGAGCAUAUGUUCCGAGGACAACGGUAAAGGGACGAUUUCUCGCUGGACAUUUGCUUCGAAGUUGGCUCGUCCGCGCCCCUCUAUCCUCAAAGACCUUCCUUCUUCGGUCGCUCCAGAGAAGGGUAAAGGAAAGGGCAAAGACUCUUCUCCCACCAUUGGUGCAUUUUCAAGGUCAAGAAAGGACUCUAUGUCGGCCGAGAAGCCUAAGACAAGACCAAGGAAGGACUCCGUAUCCACCGAUAAGCCCAAGAAGAGGAAUGUAAGUGGUCUGUGGAAGAGAGGCAGCGAUUCUUCUGCAAAACCGGCUUUCACAAAACCCGCUGAGACCAGAUUCUCGCUCGAUGAGGAGGUGAAUAGACCCAAUAUGGGAGACUUUGCCAUGGUGGAUUUCGUGUGGUCAUUGAAGUCGAGCUGCCCAGUCACGAAGAAUAUAACGCAAUAUGGUGAGUGGGAAAGGAUGGCCGGGGAGGAUGGCAGGAGCGAUGAAUUUUCGCUUCUAAAUCCGCCUCAAUAA